GAUGGCGGAUAGUUAUACUGGUGUAGCUACCAUGUAUUUGGCAAUGCCUAUGUCGGCGCAGAAUAUUCCAGUUUUGGGAUCGUGCGUUGUAGAAGAUCGAAAAGUACAAUUGAAAUUUCCUAUUAGCGGCGUUAGUUUCGAUUUACCGGAAACACCUAAAGAGGGUACAGGAGAGUUGGAGUUUAAAAUGGCCGGUUCUCAACAGAGUGAAAUGCUGUUGAAAAUUAAAUGGAAUGCUGGAUUGAAAGCGUUCCUGGGAAGUUGUUCUCAGAACGGAAAGCCACAAUUCAAUUUCAUAUUCUCGAGACCUGAUAGUUCUAUCCAGUUGAUAAAGGAUCACCUGUAA